GGCGCGUCAGCGGCGGCGCGCGGUCGUGUGAGCGACAUCGCUACGGGUCAACUUGUGAGUGCGCUACGAGAAUCGGGACUUUUCGCGCUGUGUUUGGAAAACUCUUUCUCUCUUCGGCGACGUCAGCGAUGUGAAGCAACAAUGGACCUGAAGUACUUGGUCUUAAUGAUUGCGUUCGCGACGAUCGAGAUUAACGUCACGGAGAGCCGGCAGAAUGACAAAAGACGGUGGAAGAAUGACAAGGGGGUGUAUUCUCCGUACGCGAACAUCUGUGACAUCCAGGACCGCGCGUCGCGGGUUCACUGCUACUGCGAGAGCGUCAAGCUGAAGUCGGCCGCGCGCGCCGACUGCUGGGUCUUCAACGGGGGCAUCGCCGAGGACGACCCCUUCUGGUCCAACUUCUACUCGCAGCCCAACAUCGAGAAGCUCACGUUCAACGUGCGCGCCGACGGCGGACUCACCUACAUCCCUGCCAAGGUCAUCGUCAGACUCGACCGCCUGCAGUACCUCAACAUACAGUAUGCCAACAUCUACAGUAUCCCCUCGUUCGCGUUCACAAACUCAACGACGCUUCGGGAAAUCAUCCUGCCCAAAAAUAAGAUUGCGAAAUUAGAGCGCAUGGCGUUCGCUCACCUGAUAAUGCUAGCCAACGUCAGCUUAGUCGAGAAUCAGAUUACGGAAUUGAAACGAGACGUGUUCUACGUUCUUCCGAACUUACAACGCUUACAUCUAUCCAAGAACUCCUUGAGCGUGAUCCACGAGGGCUGCUUCAAGCACCUCGACAACCUGAUCGAGUUGGACCUCGACAACAACUUGCUGACCGUAGUCAUUAGAGAGAAUUUCCAGGGUCUGUCGAACCUGAUAUCUCUGGACAUGCGGAGCAAUAAGCUCGCCAUGAUCGGUGACUUGGCGUUUGCGGAGCUGUGGAGUCUGCAAGAGUUGUUUCUGGAUGCUAACGAGAUUGAAUUCAUAUCUGAGCGUGGGUUCGGUGGCCUCACGCAGCUGAGGAAGCUGUCGCUGGCUGACAACAAGCUGUCAACCUUAGAUGAUGGUGUUCUGGAGGAGCUGUCGAAGCUGGUGAUCUUGGACCUGAAGAACAACCGCCUGGAGACGCUGCAGCAGGAGCUGCUGCAGAAUGUGCUCGACAACAUGAGGGGGAGCUACUCCGUCAUCGCGCUCGACGGCAACCAGCUGACGUGUGACUGCCGCCUGUCCUGGAUCUACAAGCUACGGAACGAGACUCGCAGCAAGCGACAGCGGGUCUCACUCGACCGACUCAACUGCAUCAUGGCCGAACCCACCAACAACAUGAUCGAACUUCCCAGACCUGCCACAAACAAGCUCAAACAAACCAACCGAGUUGUAAUAAAACCAGUAAUAAACAAAAACGAGGAUAAAGCCUACGAUGACAUAGAUGAAGAGUUCGGUGAAGAUCGCGCAUACGACGAACCUAUGCAGGACCAAGAGACCGAGACGGAGAAGGUUCUAGAGUAUCGGAGGAAGCUUCUAGAAAUACCGUCGGAGCAGCUGCCCUGCCCGCACCGACUCAUUCACUCCGCCGAGUCGCAUUCGCCGCCCACGCAGGAUGAAGUCAAGUACUUCAAGACCUCUUCCAGUGGGAAACUAGCCGUGUCUUGUUUAGCGUAUCUCACAGUUGCUGUAGGGUUUGUGUAGCAAAUGAUGUAGCUUAUUUUUUGCUCUAAUUGAAUUAUAUUUUGAUAGGUGUAGAUGUAAAUAUAGUUAAGACAGUGUUGUAGGUUAGUGUUGGAAUGUGAAGAUUGAUACUCAACGUGAAAUAUGAAUAUUGUGAUAGUUAAAAUAGGUAUUUUACACAGGAAUUAGGUAUUUUCAAUGAGUGAAUACCUAAGACUAUUAUGUUAUCUUUAAUCACUUUGG